GCCCACCCCCCCCACCACCCCCUACCGGUCUCCCUCGGAUGGUUUUGGCGCAACCCUUUGGAGCCCUCACCGGACCCAACCCCACCACAAGUAUCCUUGUGUCCUCCUCCUCCUCCUCCUACUUCCCUUCCCCUCUCCUACCCCGCCCCGCUGUCGAAUCGCUCCUCACCGCUGCUCUCGAUGCCGCCGCCAGCCCCCGCCACCUCCGAGAGGCCCACGGCCGCCUUGUCCGUCUCGGCCUUCACCACAGCAACUUCCUCGUCGCCCGCCUCCUCCGCCGCCUCGCCGACCACCGUGUCCCCACCCACCCCUACCCGCUCCUCGUCUUCGCCCAGGUACCCCGCCCCAACCCCUUCCUUUGGACCGCCCUUAUCCGCGGGGCCGCCCUUCUCCUCCACUCCGCCUCCUCCUCCACCGCCCAUCCCCUCCGCCUCUACGCCGCCAUGCGGCGCAGCUGGCCCCCCGCCCCGCCCCUCCCAUUUACCUUCUCCGCCCUCUUCAAGGCCUGCGCUGCCGCCCGCUCCCUCCCCAUGGGCGCCCAGGUCCAUGCCCAGGCCCUUGCCACCGGCGGGUUCGAUGCUGAGCUUUUCGUCCAGAACACUCUUAUCUCGUUUUACAUGGAGUGCUCCGACCUGGCAUCCGCCCGCAAGGUGUUCGACCGGAUGUCUGUGAGAGACGCCAUAUCAUGGACUUCGUUGAUCGUCGCCUAUACCAAGACCGGUGACAUGGGCUCCGCCGAGGGGCUUUUUGAGAAGACCCCGGUGAAGGAUAUGGUGGGGUGGACCGCCAUGGUCACGGGGUACGCCCAGAAUGCGAUGCCGAAAGAGGCAUUGGAGACGUUCGAUAAAAUGAGAGAGGCUGCUGUUGAAAUCGACGAGGUCUCGUUAAUCGGCGCCAUCUCCGCUUGCGCCCAGUUGGGUGCCGUGAAGCAUGCGGAAUUGGUACGGGAGAUUGCUGAGAGGCAUGGGUUCGAGAGGAACGUCGUCGUGGGUUCGGCGAUGGUUGAUAUGUAUGCUAAAUGUGGGCUCGUUGACGAGGCCCGUAAGGUGUUUGGUGGAAUGGUGGAGCGAAAUGUGUACACGUACAGUGCUAUGAUUGUUGGUCUUGCUGCGCAUGGGAGGGCUCACGAGGCGAUCGCUUUAUUUAAGGAGAUGGUGGAGAGGACGGAGGUGAAGCCUAACCGGGUCACAUUCAUUGGGGUGCUCACAGCAUGCAGCCAUGCUGGAAUGGUGAAGGAAGGCCGCUCUUACUUUGCACAAAUGAAGGACGAGUACGGGAUUCCUCCCUCUGCUGAUCAUUAUGCUUGCAUGGUGGAUUUGUUGGGCCGAUCAGGACUUGUGGAAGAAGCACUUGAACUUGUGAAGUCGAUGCCUGUCGAACCCCAUGGUGGUGUGUGGGGAGCACUGCUAGGUGCUUGCCGGAUCCAUGGGAAGACCCAAAUUGCUAAACUUGCAGCAGAUCAUCUAUUCAAGCUCGAACCUGAUGGAAUUGGGAACUAUGUGUUGUUGUCGAACAUAUAUGCAUCGGCAGGGAUGUGGGAUGAGGUGUCGAAGGUGAGGAAGUUGAUGAGGGGGAGGAGGUUGAGGAAGAACCCAGCUGCAAGCUGGGUGGAGGCCAAAGAUGGUCUAGUUCAUGAGUUCUUCGCGGGUGAUGGUUUGCACCCUAGGUCGCGUGAGAUAAAGGAGGCACUAGAGGAGCUUUUGGGGAGGUUGAAGCAUGAUGGAUAUGUGCCUGUCUUGAGCUCAGUUGUCUAUGAUGUUAGUGAUGGCGAGAAGGAAAGGCUACUGAAGGGUCAUAGUGAGAAGCUAGCACUGGCGUUUGGUCUAUUAACAACCAACGUUGGCAGCACAAUUAGGAUUGUGAAGAACCUAAGGAUUUGUGAGGACUGUCAUUUGGUGAUGCGCCUUGUGUCUAAGGUUGAGAGCAGGGAGAUUGUGGUGAGGGAUAACAUGAGGUUCCACCACUUCAAAAAUGGUGAGUGCUCCUGUGGUGAAUUUUGGUGAAGGUGAGCUUUAUAGGCAACAUAAACAUAAGAAGAGAGGAGAAAAUGGUAUGGCUUAAUUUUGAGAUGGAUUCCUAAAUUCUUUUGAAGCUCAGUUGCCUCAUUUGAUCCUUGUGAAUUCAUUUGACCUACACCGAAUUCUGCUGAAGCAGCACAAAGAGCUGAAGACAUGCAUUAUUCUAAAUGCAGGAAACUAAUUCUAUGAUCUUUUUUCUUAUGAAAGAUAUCUAUGGCAUCAUGAAACAAAUGAUAGCGAUAAAAAAGAAGAUGGAAAAAAUGAAACUAAAGGGAGUUGAGCUUCUUAGUUGGCCAGAAGAUUCAAACCAGCUUUCCCUUGAGGAGAGUUUUUUUUUUUUCCAAAAAAAAUGUAUGACUUUAUGUUUUCAGAAAUUUUUUAUAAGUCAGAUGUAGUCGAGACAUGAAGUAGAGCUGGUUUCUUUUAUUAGCUGUAGAACAAAAUCUCAUUUUUUUUAAUACAGAUUGCACAAUU